UGGUUGUAUUGCUUGAGUGAUCUGCUGGGCCUGCAGUAUAGACGACGCUUUGAUACGCCCUGGCCGCGUCGACAAGAAAAUCGAGUUUCAGCUGGCUGACUCUGAUGUAAUUAGAAUGCUUUUCUGCACUGUGUUUGAAAAGACAGAAGAGGAGCUGCCUAAUGCGGAUAGCCGAGACAAGCACAACAAGGAAGUUCGGGGGCUGGCAGUUCAGUUUGCGGCCGUGAUCCCGGAGCUGGAGUUUAGCCCUGCUAAUAUUCUUUCUUUUCUCCUAGCAAACAGGGGCUCUCCGUCGAAUGCCAUGACUGAUGCGGAGAGGUGGGUGUCUCACGUCAAAGGGUGGGAUGCUGCGAAGAGGUAAUCCAGGGUUUCAGAGUAACCGACUGCAGAGCGAAUUGUAUGCUACUGUGCAUCUACACUCCUCCAGUAGUCUUGGGUUAAAAUCCUCAUCCCUCGUUGAAUAUACUGUAUCAUCCACUGAUCUGUGUGAGGGUCACGGCUGUAGAGAGAAGGUUUGAAGAAGUAGAUGGAUUGUGAUAACCCGUACGGUUAGAUCUAGAUAUAAGAC